AUGUUUCCCACCCUCGUACGCCGGAUGGCCGACAAGCCUAUAGCCCCAAUGUUCAGAAACACGACGAGGACACCAUUGACCGGCAUAUACAACAGUCGAUUCAGGCCGAAGAAGCUCUGGCCUCCCGAUUUCUCCAAGCUCCACGAGAAACAGCAAUUCCGGCUCGAGAGGAAGUACAAGAGGAGGGUGAAGCUGGCUACUAUGAGACCGCGAUGGGAUCGAUAUGUCAAGCUGGCGCAACUAUCCAGCGUGGCUUUUGUCCUAGUAUAUUCUGUCCUGUUCAUGGACUGGAAUACCGAAACGCAACCCUUCCAAGGUGUCCGAAACACCUUCUGGGGUGCGAUUGGUUCCCUCUCGCCAGGAAAGAGACACGACCGACGAAAUCCCGAGUUACCCACUGCUGCAGAUGAGAAGUGA